AUGGCUAGAGCUUCCCGUUCUGCGAGCGCAAAGCCCGCUGAGAAGAAAGACGCCAAAGAUGUCAAGGUGAACGGCACCGCCCCACGAAGAGGCGCAAAGAAGACCGAAGACGCGCCUGUCGCCAACGGCAUAGCUGAGGAAGCCGAGGAAACUGAGGACGUCGAAAUGGCCGACGAAGACACCAAAGAAGUCGAGGCAGCUCCGCCAAAGCGUAAGCUCAACGCGUCCGAAACGAGGCCAACCGCUAAGAAGACUGCAGCUGCUGGCCGCAGUCGCGCAAAGAAGACAGAGACUCCUGCAUCUGAACCCGAGGCCGCGCCCAAGAAGACGACAAAGCGCAAGAAGGACGAUGAAAGCGAACCGGAGGUCGAAGAUGUGCCUGCGCCUGUCGUGAAGAAGCCCAAGGUAGAGCGCGCGAAAGCUGCCCCCAAGGCUGCCCCGAAAGCAGCAGCGAAAGCCGCCCCGAAAGCCGCGUCAAAGACCGCAACACCAGAGCCCGAAGCCGCGAAGGUCGAUCCUGCUCUGAUCCCGAACCCCAAGGGCCCGCGUCGUAACAAGGGCAAGAAGACCGAGAUCAACGAGAUCCGCUACACGGAACCUCUGAAGGUCUUUGUCUUUGGUGAAGGCUCUUCUGGCGAGCUCGGCUUCGGCGCUACAAGCAAGGCCAUCGACGUGAAGCGGCCGCGCUACAACGAGCCUCUGUCCAACUUGAACGUCGUCAAGAUUGCCACUGGCGGUAUGCACGUCGUUGCACUCACAAAAGACAACAAAAUCCUGACAUGGGGUGUCAACGACAACAAUGCCCUCGGACGCGACACGUCGAACGCACCCGUCAAGAUGCGUGAUCUGGACGCGGACGAUUCCGACUCCGAUUCUGAGGAUGAGACCGGCGGCUUGAACGACGCUGAGGCGACACCAACGCCCGUGCCAUCCGAGUUCUUCCCUGAAGACACCACCUUUGUUGACGUCGCUGCAGGCGAUAGCUGCUCUUUCGCACUCACUACCGAGGGCGCGGUUUAUGGAUGGGGCACGUUCCGCAAGAACGAAGGCAUCAUGGGUUUUGAACGCGACAAUCAUACAGCGCCUCGACCCGUCUACAUCGACAGCAUAAAGAAGGUCAUUCAGCUUGUGUGUGGUACCAACCACGUCUACGCUCUGGACAAGGACCACCACGUAUAUGCUUGGGGUAACGGCCAGCAAAACCAGCUUGGACGCCGUGUCACUGAGCGCAAUCUCAUCCAAGGUUUGCAGCCUAACAAGAUUGGAUUCCACGACUCCUCCAUCAAGAAGCACAGCCAACGUAUAACACACAUUGCAUCCGGCGACUACCACGGUCUCGCUAUUGCAGAAGAUGGGCACGUCUGGGGCUGGGGUGCGAACAACUACUGCGAGACUGGGUACACCAAGAAUGCUGGUGCAGAUGACGCCAGCGUUCUCCAACCCAAGAUCAUACACAGUUUGGAAGGUAAAGGCGUCCAGUCAUUGGCAGCAGGCUCGCAUCACAACUUGGCCAUCACCAAGGAUGGACAGGUGCUAGUCUGGGGUCGCUGCGACGGCUCACAGACUGGUCUCCCUCCGUCCCAGCUUGAUGCAGAGACGGAUGAGGACAAGGUUCUCAAGAACAACGGCAAGGCCAAGAUCGUUGUGCAGCCGACACCGCUUCCCGGCCUCAAGAACAUUGUCGCCGGUGCAUGCGGUCCUGAUCACUCUAUCGUCGUUGACAAGGACGGCAAGGCUUAUUCAUGGGGUUUCUCAGUCAACUUCCAAACGGGUCAGGGUACCGACGACGACAUCGAGGUGCCUACCUUGAUCGACAACACCGCUGUACGGGAGACGAAGCUUACAUGGGCUGGUUGCGGUGGUCAAUACAGUAUCCUGGCAAGCAAGAAGGAGUAG